AUGCUCGGAACACAAGUGCUAGUAGCCAUCAUGGUUUUUGCUGCCAAUUUUGCGAUCCUCAUAGUCUCAAUUCGGGCUUUCCCACCUAAUGCACUCCACGUUGGCACAUAUAAGACCGGCAACUGCACAGAUAUCAACAGGAUCAAUAGUAUUAUACAUGUGACUCUGAAUAUCGCCUCGUCAGCUUUUCUCGGAGCCGGAAACUACUGCAUGCAGAUUCUUGUUGCACCUUCGCGAGGGGAAAUUGAUCGAGCGCACAAGAAAAAGCGCUCGCUCUACAUUGGGGUUCUUAGUAUAAUAAAUCUAUACUAUGUGAAGAGGAAGAGACUAUGCGCAUGGAUCAUUCUUGGGAUGUUCUCAGCAUUGUUACACUUAUUUUGGAAUUCAGCCUUUUUCGCCUCGAUACCAAUAGCUGCGAUCCCUCGUGCGAUAGUCACAAAUGAUUUCCUGGUUAACGGAGAAGACUGGACGGUUUCUGAUCCUCUAGGACAUGCCUCUUGGUUCCAGGCUUCUGCUCCUGCUGAAGUCGGACCCCUAAAUAGAUCGCUAAUAUACUCCAUGCAGAUGGCUGCGGUCAACUACACCCGCCUAGGUUCACGGGAAUGCAUAACACGGAAUAUCGAUCCAAUGACUGUAACAAGUAGUGUCAUCGUGGUCGCCAAGAACAUGUCAUCCCAAGCGAAUAACGGCUCAUCAUUUAUUGACGGGUGGAUCUCGCAGUGUGAGUUUUGGACAUAUUCAACGGGCUGGAUAUGCGCUUGGUACACAACGAAAAUUUUCUGCGAUGCGGCAUUCACUUCUUCGUUUGCAGACAACUGGGUACUUCAACCAAGGAAUGAUAUACCUGUAUUGGUCGAUUACUGCCUCGUCAGCGACGAGGCUAACAACCAAGAGCGAUGCGGGCUGCAUUAUAUGACGCACAUACUGACAUUUAUGUGUUGUUGUACAUUCGUAUCUUGUUUGAUAAUUAUAUGGGUUUGGAAGCAAUAUUUCAGCCAUACAAAAACUAUGCAAGGGAAAUUACAAAACGAAACAAUGAUGACAAUGGGAGACACGAUCCAUAGCUUCCUAGCAUCACCAGAGCGGAGUCAGAUUCACGAUGAAGAUGAAAGCGAGACAAAGUUUGGGUCAACCUAUGUUCGAGCAAGGAAAGCAACCUGGCAGCCGAAGGCGCGUGUUGGUUGGUAUAAAGCCAUAACACCUCUCUCCUGGGCCAUUUCCAUCUUCUUAUUCAUCGCUGGCUUAUCGGGAACAGCAGUCGCAAUUGGAAUACUUAUCCACACCCAGAAAAGUAGGGGCCAGGAUGUCGGUCCUUCUGGCAUUUGGAAGCAAGGCUUCAAAGUCAGUCCAUCGGCCACAUCAACAACAUUUGGUCCCCUGAAUGAUAGCAUUACAACCAGGUCGGCACAGCUCUGGGCGAACAUCGUCGUUGCCAACAGUCUGCAGCUCAUAGUCAGCUUUCUCUACCUAUUCUACAACAACAUCCUCACGAGGCAACUAGUUGCUGAUGAAUGGAUUCGAUAUCUACGUCCGGAUGGAAAGAAGACUUUGCGCGUAUCGUCGCCAAUUGGGAUGCAGCGUUCGUCCUAUUUUCUCUCUUUACCAUGGAAAUAUGCCGCGCCCCUCAUGGGUCUCUCUAUCUUGCUACACUGGUUGAUAUCUCAAGGUGUUUUCCUCAUUCAGACAAGUACCUUUGGUCCUGGUGCCAAUGGAGAGAGAUUGCCUGAAUUCGAUACCACUUCCCGGGGGUUUUCAGCCCUUGGUGCCAUACUAGGGCUUUCCGUGGGCGCAGUCAUGGUAGUGGCUCUCAUACUGAAUUCCAUGAUAAGAUCUUAUGAGAAUAUUCCACCAGGUUUCCAGCUAAUGGGAUUCAACAGCAGUGCCAUAGAAGCCAUGUGUGACCGACCGGAAGAUGAUUCAGAGGCCUAUAUGUUUCCAAUAAGCAUAGGAUUGGUGGAUGGAGAGCAAAUUCAACUGUCGGGUGGCAUCAAGAAAAUGAUUUUCUCAACAGCUACCGACUUAAUUCAAGCGCCCGAAGAAGGAACAGAGUACAUGGGACCAAGAUUUUUAAAG